GUGAAUGAUUGUUCGCAGCUGUUUCAACAGAAAAAAAGAAAUAUAAUUAACAUGGCUUGAAGAACAGACUGAUGCUAUAUUAUGGGUUCAUUGGUUGUCUUGGUAACAGGAGGAAGUGGAUUUCUGGGACAACAUGUGAUCAAACAUCUUCAGUUAUACGGUGACUGUGUGAAAGAGAUCAGAAUUUUAGAUUGUUUACCAUUCAAGAAAAAAUUAGACUAUGCUGAUUCCAAACCUGUCACCUCCUUCACAGGCAAUAUAACAGAUGAAGAAAUAGUCAGUGAAGCAUGUAAUGGUGUGGAUGCUGUCCUGCACAUCGCCUCUGUAAUCGAUUCAACCAUGUUCCCAAACAAACAACGUCUUCAUGAAGUUAAUGUUAAAGGAACCGAAACAAUGCUCACUGCAUGUAAGAAGCAUAAUAUUGGGAUCUUUAUCUACUGCAGUUCAAUAGCUGUACUACAAGGUUAUGAAGAUGUCCAGGCUGGCACAGAAACAACGGUUUCUGUCCCCUCAACACUCAUGUUCCCAAGUUAUGGUUCAACAAAAUAUUUAGCACAGAAUACAGUACUUAAUGAUAAUGGUUUCCAGUUAAAAAAUGGUGAAAAGAUGAAGACACUAGCAAUCCUUCCAUUAACAAUGUAUGGUGAACUUGACAGCAAUUUAACACCCUUGAUGAAGUCCAUGAAAAACAAGACAUUUCCACGUAUUGGACCAAUGAAAGCCUAUGCCCAGUUUGCAUAUGUGGGUAACGUAGCCAUGAUGUUUGUAAGAGCACUAGAAAGUUUGGUAAAAAAUCCUGAAUUGGGCGGGCAAUAUUUUUUUGGUGCAGACGACACUCCAGCCAAUCCAGUGACAGGAUUUCUACAGCCUUUUCUAGGAUGUCUUAAUUCUAAAAUAUCAUCAUGGUAUUUGCCAUAUUGGUUAAUGUACAUAUGCUUGACACUUCUUUAUUUGAUCUUGUUGGUAAUUAGACCUAUCAGAAAGUUAAAUGUUCCCAUGACAACCAAUUCUUUGGCUUUCAACAACACAACAUUUUAUGUGACCUAUGAUAAAGCUAAAACCUUACUUGGGUAUAAACCUUUGUACGAUUAUGAAAACUCUCUGGAAAAUGCAAUUAAAUUUUAUGCAAAUGUAUAAGAAUUGUCACUCAAAUCAGAAAUGAGGGUCUGGAUGAUAAACAACCAACAAUCAAUCAAUUACUGGACUUAAAACACUAACAGUUGUUAUGCCUUCCUUUGUAUUUUACAGUAUUCCAUAUGUCAAUAAAGUAUCAUCUUGAACAAGAUGUCUUUGCUCUAGAACAAAUAUAAGAAUGGAAAGACUGGUAGAGAAAAACAUUUUUUUUUUAUUUCUAAUAUCGUUUCAUUUUGUAAUUAUUAUUACUUCUCAAAACAAUUCCAACAAAACUGAGUUUAAGGAGUAGAGAAUUAUUGGGGUGGAGAAUAGAAAAUAUUAUGGUGGUAUAAAAUAUAAAUUAGAGAAUAUUUGGAAAAAAAAGUAGGAAAGAAGGCAUAAAUAAUUAAAGAAUACAGAUAUGAAGAUGCCUCUGGAAACCCUCAAUUAUUUUUCUAAAUGACAACUUUUUAAUGGUCAUAAACUCCAUUGUAUGCAUAAAUUUUAAGCUUGCAAAAAGUGACAUGAAACUAGCAUAGAUGUCUUUAAAGAUCUGUUUAAUGUUAUGCUAUGUUAGCAAUUCAAUGUUUUUAGUUUUUAACAAAUUAAAGUUCAACAUGUUUACAGACUAAAUGACAAUUGCUUGUUUUUUGUUUAUUGAACAAAAACAUGACACUUUGAAAAAGAACAUGAUAUGCCUCAAUUAAAAUUCUCACUCAAGUUAUAAAUUUUUUUAGUGUGUUUUUUAUGCAAAGAGAUUAAAACUGUUGUUAAUUUUUAUUUAUUUUCUUUUUAAUGUUUUUUUAUAGAUAUUUUAUGAAUGUGUUAUUGUUCUGAGAUUACAAUUUUUUGUUGGAUUCAUGAUUCUUUAUAGAUCUCCAACCAAAUUUUGGUCAGAAAAAAUUAUAUUUAACAUUAAGUCUGAAUCUGCUUAUCUUAAAACCAUGUUGCCACUGUAUGUUACGCAACCAACCAUCAAUCAAUCUCAAAACCACUUAUUUAAAAACCCAUUAACCAAUAUGUUUUCACAAGCCGAAACAAUAAUACUCCCAAAGUGAUAAACUUCCACAGUAUUUUUUUUCUAUUAUGAUAUUAAUUGAUAUAUAUUUGUUAUAAUAACAAUGAGUUUAUCUUUUUCUUGUCCCUAAAUCUUUAUCUUGUCCCUGAUAUUACCUUCACUUUAUGUCUGUUAUCAUCUAUCUUAUAUUUGUCUUCUUUUAAUAUACCGGUAUGUCUGCAAUGGUUUAUAAUAGGACCAUGAAUCAAAGAAUUGUCAUUCAAAUAAUGAGAUUUAAGUGCUGAUCAAACCCCCAAACUCUUAAUUUGGAUCUUUUAUAAGAACUAUCUGCACAUAACUUCUUUCUGCAAAAAUCUCUAGACUGCUUAUAAUUUGUCUAUAUGAUUGAUUCAAACCUUUUUGUUUAGGUCAUUUGUUUCAACAAAAAAGAUAAACAUAAUGAGAAUGAAAAAAUGUUAUUUGGAAAUCACAGCAAAAAUGUUCAUGUCUAACAUUGAUCAAAAGUCUAAGGCCUAAAAAAAUAUAUGUCUGUUUAAGGUUACAUCAUAAAAAAAAAUAGGGUAGGUCGGUUGCUAUUUUCAUUUUAUUAUUUUUUGCAACAUGAUUUUGAGUCAUGAGGUCCUGGUUGCCCAUGGGAGGAGUUUACUGUGUAUUUUUAAUGAUUGGAAUAUUUCCCUUUUGGUUAUUGGUUGGUUGGGGG